AUGUCGUUACGGCCAAGCGAAAACUUUACGGGAAUUAUCCGCGUUGUGCGCAAUCUUGCCUUAAUGUUAGGCGUCGACGCCUAUGAUCCAAAUUAUCGAAUCAACAUGAAAACGGCAAUGACUUUGGGUGCUAUUGUUACUUAUUCGGGGUUUACAAUUACGACUGUGAUCCGUCUGAGGAAUUGGAAGUUCGCACUGCAGGCUUUGGUUAUGGCCGGCUUCGUACUACAGAGUUUGAACAAGUUUUAUGUUGGAGUCCGACAUUCACGAAGAAUUUACCAGGUCUAUUACAGUGUAGUUGAGAUCUAUGUAAGAUUUGAAAAGCAUCCAGAUCCCAGAUAUGCAAACAAUUUGCAUCAGAAUUGUCGCAGAUUACGAACAGCUUUGAUUGUGGCCAGCGUCAUGUAUGCGGUUGGAAUUGUUGGCAUGAUCUUGUUGCCCAUUUUCGUCUCUUUGUUUACGGACAAAUUCAUUCUGAUUUUGCACUUUCAUAUUCCCGGCAUCGAUGUGACAACUGAGAUGGGAGCUUGGAUCACCCAAGCUGUGCAUGCCGUCUCAAUGGCUAUCGGAGGACUUGGAUUGCUUGUUGGUGACUCGACUAUGAUCGUCUUUCUAAUGCAGCCUUUUAUAUUCGUUGAUAUCUUGCGACUUAAAAUUGAAGUUUUCAAUCAGUUUGUGGACAUACCUAGCACUCAAUCCGAAUCGGAGAUUCAGCGAAUGCUUGUCGAUAUUAUGCAAUUUCAUCAGGAGUACUUGAGGUUCAUCUUACGGAUCUACGAUCUAAUGUCCUCGAUUGUAUCCACCCAGGUUUCCAGUGCUGGAGUUUGCAUUAUAAUGACUAUAUUCGUUCUGAUGACCAGUGAUUGGCUCGGUGGAUAUUGCUUUGCCAUUGUUCUCAUUCCAAACUUGUAUAUUUAUUGUAUUCUUGGCACAUUUGUAGAGAAUUGUAAUACUGCCAUCAUGUAUGAGGUCUACAAUAUCUCUUUUUACAAUCUCAAAGCUCGUCAGCAGCGUCAAGUUUUAUUUAUGUUGAGCAAAACGCAGCGGACUGAAAUGAUGCAAGUACUUGGCGUAAUGCCUUUGGAUGUGAGCACAGCUCUGCAGAUAAUUAUGUUGGAGUUCUACUACAAACUAUGA